AUGGACGACCACGAAGAAGAGACCGAGCAAGGUCCUUCCAGUAACGCCUUUGGGCAGUUCUCAUUCGCCCCAACUACUCGAACUACUGUAGUCACAACAACUACGACAACGACAACCGCUUUUCCACCUCUUGUGAUCAAACCCCCGCGUGCAGUAAAGGACUUGGAUGUUCGACAGUAUCCGCUGGCUGCGUCACCUACACCCGUUUCCUUGAAGAACCUCAAAUUCAAUAUCGGCGACAAAUCAGUCGUAUUCAACGAGCCGGAUGAUACUGAUGCUGCGGCUAUUGAGUUAAAGGAAAGAACUGAUGCGUUAAAGGCAUCAAAUGGUCUCAUUCGCUCUGUCAACUCGUUCUCUUCUGAAGAUGGCACGGCUUCUCGCCGACUCGGUCCUCCACGAUCAAUGACGCGGAGCAAUCACCCUAGUGCCCAACAUCGACCCGUCUCUCCAGUUUCGAUCCCUGAUCCUCGCCCAUCCAUCCUCUCGUGGACGCGUGGAAAUCGAGUUCCUUCCGAGCCUGUAGCACGACGUACCCGUCAUGGGACCUCGGCAACUUUCCUUUCCCCUGCGGGUCUGGCUACUCCAGAAACCGAGCACAACAUUGGCAGCAUUGGGGAUGCUGUAGCUUCGAGACAAAGAAUCCAUAGUGCUAAUUUUCCGCGUCGCGAAACUUUAUUACGUUCACCCCUGUCGGCAGAUACUGGACCAACCAGUGUAUCUCAAAAUCAUGCUUCGGCCGAAAAUCAUGAGCUACAAGGCCCAGCAACGGGAGCUGUUGGUACAGCUGGAACCGAACUUAUGAAUACGUCUCCCAGCCAAAAUGCUUCGUUCUCUGCUUCGGAAACUGCAACACAGCCUCGACCGGAAUUGUCAACUCAACUUUCAGCUAUUGAUAACGCAAUGGCUCAAGAUAUGUGUCUGCCAAGUCCUAGCUUGUCUCCAGUCGCUGCCAUGAAUGCUCUUCAUGCCGAAUCUUCCUUCGAAUCUGAGGGACCUGACGUUGACACUGAUUCGAGUCUUGACCACAAUCUUCCACGAUCAUCCAAGGCACUGCGUCUGAAUGAUCCCGAUUCUACUUCUCUAAACAGGAAUUUCUCUAUGCUAGCUCCUACAACCCGGUCACCAGCAUCUUUAAUGGAUAUGCCUAAGGUUUUAGAGUUCUUUGAUUCAGUCCCCGAAGAACUGAAGACAUACAUGAUGUAUCAAUUUCUGCGACGUUGCCCCAAACCUACGUUGCAUUUUGUGGCUGAUGUGGUGAACCCUACAUUGAAAUGCGAUUUCCUCACGUUGUUACCUCUGGAGCUUGGUCUGAACAUCGUCAAGUACUUUGAUGUCCAAACAAUGUGCCGCGCCGCACAAGUUUCGAAGAAAUGGCGCCAUAUUAUCAAUUCAGACGAGAAGACUUGGAAAGAGCUACUUGAUCAAGAUGGGUAUAUCCUUUCCGAGGGUGAACUUGAGCGAGCUAUCAAAGAAGGUUGGGGAUGGCAGUGCAGUAGCCCUGAUAACUGGGAAAGGGACCUCAGUACUACUGCGCCCAGACAGGAUUCCGAACUUUCUCCGAUUCCUUCAUCUUCUGCUGCAACGGAUAGAGUACCAUUUACUGCUCUUUCACUUAACAGACGACCCAAGCGUAAAGCAAACACACGCGCUUCAAGUCGGAAGUUGGCGAAACGGAAGAUCUCCUCCAGUGGAACAGAUCAUUGCGAACCGGAUUGGAAGAAGGACAUCGCUGCUUCAGAGGCACCGUAUGCUGCAGCCAAUGCAGCGGCCGCUGCAGUUCCAUGGCCUGAAGUUGGCUUGCCAUCACUCCGUGGGCUUUACCUAUUCAAAGCUAUCUAUCGUCGACUUCACGCCAUUCGCCAGGGAUGGAUGAAGCCAGAAGUCAAGCCGCAGCAUAUCGCUUUCCGCGCCCAUGAUCGCCACGUAGUCACUUGCCUACAGUUUGAUACGGAUAAGAUAUUGACUGGAAGUGACGAUACCAACAUCAACGUAUACGACACGAAAACCGGCGCUCUGAAGGCUACUCUUGAGGGCCAUGAUGGUGGAGUGUGGGCUCUUGAGUAUCACGGCAACACUUUAGUAUCUGGAUCCACCGAUCGGUCCGUCCGCGUUUGGGACAUUGAGCGAGCUCGAUGCACCCAAGUUUUCCAUGGACACACUUCUACUGUCCGUUGUCUGCAGAUCGUUCUGCCAACGGAAAUAGGCAAAGAUUCGAGUGGCCGCACUUUGAUGAUGCCGAAGGUGCCACUGAUCAUCACCGGCUCUCGCGACUCGAACUUACGGGUGUGGAAGCUUCCGAAACCCGGCGACCCAGUGUACCUCCCCAACGCGCCCACUGCCGAUGAUUAUGAUUGUCCUUAUUUUAUCCGCGUUCUAUCUGGCCACACUCAUUCAGUUCGGGCAAUCGCGGCACAUGGCGACACCCUGGUCAGUGGUAGCUACGAUUGUACCGUGCGUGUUUGGAAAACUUCUACUGGCCACGUUCAGCAUACUUUGACUGGACACACUAUGAAGGUGUAUAGUGUCGUCUUGGACCAUGAACGAAACCGCUGUAUCAGUGGUGCCAUGGACCACAUGGUCAAAAUCUGGUCCCUUGACGACGGUGCCUUACUUUACAAUCUCGACGGCCAUUCCUCUCUUGUCGGUCUUCUUGCAUUAUCAGGCGACCACCUUGUCUCGGCUGCUGCAGACCACACCCUGCGUAUCUGGGACCCACAGCGUGGUCACUGCAAAAACACUCUCAGCGCCCAUACCGGUGCUAUUACCUGCUUUCAGCAUGAUGGUCAAAAAGUCAUCUCUGGUUCCGACCGUACUUUGAAAAUGUGGGAUGUCAGCAACGGCAAUUGUAUUCGAGACCUCCUCACCGAUCUCAGCGGUGUUUGGCAGGUCAAAUUUAACGACAGACGUUGUGUCGCUGCAGUGCAGCGGGAUAGUCUGACUUAUAUCGAGGUUCUCGACUUCGGCGCAGCACGAGACGGCGUUCCCGAAAAUAAACUCGGCAAACGCGUCGCAGUCAACCGCCGUGGCCAUGAAACUACGACAGGAACCAUAGAAUCGGAUUCCGACUCCGAUCAGUAA